AUGUCUUUUCCAGUAUCGUCUAAGGCUCAGAUUGCUCAAAAGAUAGUGUCGCUUCUAAAGACUCUUCCUAAGGAUAGGUUGAAUCAUAUUUCAUUUAAGGAGGUACAAUUGAAAAGAUUUGAGAAUAAGGAUAAACUAGAUGGGAUUUCGGAAAAGGAUUUGAAGUUACAGUUUAUAGCUUUGAAGGAAUUGGUUAAUGACAAGUAUAAGAACUAUUAUGUUUUAGAUGACAAAAUAAUCAAGCCUAAGGGGAAUCCUAGGUAUUAUGAAAGGUUGAUGAGUGAGAUUAAAGGUGAGAAGAAGGAAACUUUGUUUAGUGCUAUGAAAACAGUUUUACUUGGUAGGUAG